AUGGGCUCCGAGUAUCAACCGGGAGAAGUGGACUCGGGUGCCAUUCCGCUAUCCUCUCAAGUUGGAGGUCACGCAGGGGUUCUCAGUUCGCAAGACGGCUCUCUAAUCAUUAAGCCGUGCCUUCACGAGGAACUGGAGUUCUACACUACUCUGGCGGCUGCACAAGCCGCUAUCAUUGCAGGCGAAGACCUCCCGUUUCAAGCUCUGGCACCAUGGGCGCCAAAAUUUUAUGGGACAUUGAAACUGGAAGGUGAAAUUGAUCGCCAAGGAACUGCAACUGAAGACGGCGUGUCAGUGAUGAAACCUGUCGAAGGAUCCCUAGUCCUGGAAAAUGUCUCGCAUCCGUUUUUCAAGCCCAAUAUCUUAGAUAUAAAGUUGGGCACAGUUUUGUACGAGUCGGAUGCAUCUCCUGAGAAGAUAGAGAGGAUGACGCGGACUGCAAAGGCUACGACUAGCUUUGAGACUGGCGUCCGACUCACCGGUUUCCAGGUUUAUGAUGGUACGACAGGCCAAGCGGUUGUCACCCCCAAGUCAUACGGAAAAUUAAUCAAAUCUUCCCAACUUCCUGAUGGCAUCGCUCGAUUUUUCCCCAUCCUGGAACCGAUUAACUUCAAUGCAGAUUCAUCUUCGACCGGGGGCGAGAAGAGCUCACCCCGAAGUGGCGGCGUCAGCGGCAGAUUGUUAUUACCCGUCCUGGAAGGCGUUCUUGAGCUUGUCCGUGAGCUGGGAGUUGCAGCGCAGAAAACGGAGAUGAGAAUGGUGGGUGGAAGCGUGUUGAUCGUUUGGGAGGGAGACGAAGAGACUUUGGAAGCUGCGCUUGCUGCCGCUCCCAUUCCUCACGUAGAGUCCGAAUCUGAGUCCGAAGACGAAUUAGCGGAGGGAGAAGGAGACGGGGCGAAGAAAGUUGGACCACCCUUCACUGUACGCUUGAUCGACUUUGCGCAUACGAAGUUUGCACCCGGCCAAGGCCCUGAUGAAGGGGUUCUCAAGGGCCUUCAGACUGUCACAAAGCUCAUAGAGGGAAGGAUCGAAGAAGUCAGAUCCAAGUUGUAG